AUGUGUUAAUAUGAACAAAUUAGACCUAUAGUAUUUUAAAAAGCUCUUGAAGGAAAAUAAAUUAGAUCUAAUUCAUUAGCUAUUCAUUCAUCUCCAUUUAAAUAAUAAUUUGAAUAUUCUUUUAAUCUGGAAGUAAAUUCAAUUAAAAAUCAAGCAAAUCAACAUUUUUAGGAAAUUAAUAAUUUUAAAAAACUAUAAGUUGGUGAAUCAUGUUCAAGUAAUCAUAAAGAGAAUUAAUAUUCUGGAAAACAAUUCUCUUUUCGAAUGGAUGAAACUUCAUUUUUAAAAUAAAGAAUUAAAUAACUUGAAAAUCAAAAUACAACUUAUAUGUCUGAAAACAAAAAGUUGACUCACGUUUUGGAUUAGCAAAUAAAAUUAAAUUAAACACUUUAAGAUCAAUAUUAAUCAAAAAAAUAAAUUAUAAGAAAAAUGGAAGAUGUAUAGAAAUUAAAUAAAAAUUAAUUACCAAAUAAUACUGAAUUAAAAUAAAUGAAUGAUCAAUUGAUAAUAUAAAAACAAUUAGUAAGUGAUUUAGAAGAAAAAUUAUAAUAUAAGAAAAUUAGAAAAUGA